GAUCGCCCAGAUCGGACACUGCUACGAACGAACGACUCCUUGCCUGUACUCUAUUCCUUUCAUCAUCGGCAUCUUCGGCGUUUCGGAAUUCUGCUUAGUUGACCGGUGUAUCGGUCCUCGCGACGAAUUCCCGGCGGCGUGUUAUUUUCGUGUGGAGAGAGGUCACUUGCACGUUGUGCGUGUGUGCUGCUGUGUAGGCCCGCUAUAGCCUGACUUGUCCUCCCACACCGUCCUCUCCUUUUUCUUGUUCACGGUACGCCUGCGCGAGACACCAGCCUCGAGUUGCUCAGCGACACGAUGAUCCUGUCAAAACAGCGUACCGGUCAUCUCAUCACGACGAAUGGUUUUGCGAUACCACAUUUUCCUAGAAGGACGGGAGUUGCACACAUAUGGCGUAUCGAUUAUCACACCCGAUCGGACUGCCACAAUAUGGGGACGCCCGGCGACAAGACAUCAUUUGUACAUCAUCUCGUCUUGUCUAGGCCGGGCAGGAUUUAUUUUGAAUAUCAAGGGGCUUAGAAGCGGUAGAGGGAUGACUUGGGGCUCAGCAGGCUCACGGUCUGCCAUUUGAACAGGGAGUACGACGAUCAAAAGGAAAAGUUAGAUGGCGACUGGGCAGAGAAAAUUGUCCCAGUUGUCAAUCUGUUGACUUCCGCCAUAAAGAAAAAAAGCCAAAAAAAGAGAACAACAUUCACCAUCUGGACCAAUCUAUAGCAGAGGGCGGGCGGGUUGGAUAUUGGAUAUCUUUCCACGCUAUCCUAUGUAUCUUGGGUCAGUCUCACUUAUUACCCGGAUCGAAUGUACUAUCUUCUGCGAUGUUCGACAUAUAUUUUGAGGAUAGACAUACUUCUAUUUUUUUUUAAACAAUCCAUUCUUCUUCAUCACUUGACUUGACGAUUGACUGACUGACUACCUGUUUCGCCUUGCCCUGGGAUGCUGGUGACUGAUUAGCGACGACUCGCUUGCUUUUCUUUCUUGGGGGCAUGGUGUACUUGUGCGUUGCUAUUCCCCAGAACAUUAUCAACUCAGCCUGUGUGUGUGCAUUUGUGCUGCGACAGGCCUAAUCGAGCUCAUGUGCCUACCUGGAGGUUGACAU